GUGAACUCUGACAGUGCUGCAGUACCGGGGUCAGCGCUGGGACGGUCAGUCACCUCUACUGAAGCGUCCCAAUAAAACAAACUCAUCUCAGUCCCCGUAGACGCCCAAGCCCCUCUAGCAGCACAGCUUUCCUGGAUGACGCAGUAUCAGGGAGGAGCACUGCAUCAAGCUACCGUGGCCCUCAAAACCGAAAGAGAAAGCAGCGACAGCUGCCUUCGACGCAAGAGGGGCUGUGGUGUCAGCGCCCAGGCAGCACCAGACCCAGCAGCAGGCACGAACCCGCUCAGCCCUCUCCAGCACCUUUCAGCUCCACACACAGCCAGAUGGACAGCCCAUUCAGAACAGUGGGCAUCCUCCAUGUGACCUUCCAGUCUCUCCAGAAGCCUGUUGUGAAGAAGACCUCCAAGGGAAGCUACAAGAAGUAGUGAAGUAUUCAUCAGGGGAGGAGACAGCACAAAGCAGAAGCCUGCAAGUGGACACUGAGGACAGCCCACAUUUCUGGGAGAGGAGCAGGGAGUCCAGCCGGUCAGAGAGGAGCGAGGAAGAUGGCAGUUGCAGUAUGUGUCCCCACAGCAGACUUUACCAUGAUACCAAGAAAGCUUGUGGGCACCAGGAUGGGUCUGCUGCAACAGAGGUGCACCAGGCACCUGCUCUGUGCACUGACCCUCCUGGAGGCUGCCGGCACCUCGGCCUUAAUGUUCUACGCACUGCUAUGGGAAGCCGGGAACCUGGUCAACCUCCCUGAAAAACGCAUUGGCUUUUACAACUUCUGCCUGUGGAAUGAGACAGCCGGGGAGCUGCAGUGCCUGGACUACAGGCAUCUGCAGGUGAUGGGCAUCAGCCUACUAGGAAUGGCACUAUCCAGGGUGUGUGUGUAUGGCUGCCUGGUCUUCAGCAUCUUCUACCCCAUUUUUGUUGCACAUGUGAAGUGCACAGAGGAGCAAAAGGGAUGGAAGGUGAUCCUCACCGUACUCAUCAUCAAGCUGACAAUCCUGUCUGGCGGCCUGGGUAUAUUUCUUUUCCAAACCUCGCACUGGAUUCACCCCUCUGAUUUCACUGGAGGCUUCCUGGCACUGCUUGGGACUUACGCUCUGCUACUGCUCCAAAUUGUCACUGCCACUAUACACCUCAGCUGGGCCAAGCACACAACCCCAUAUCAAAGCUGUUUGUACUGAGGAGGCCCUGCCCAUUGAGAUUUGACAAUGAAGAAGAUGCAAGAGGUAUUGAUAACCUGAUUUAAAACAGUAAUCCCACUGCAGUUUUAGUCACUGGCAGGAAUUUCAUCCUUGGUCCAAAGGCCCAUGUCCAGCCAUGCUCUGGCACGUAGUUGUGUGCGGCGCUCCCCUGCAGUGAGCAGGCAGCAGCCACCAACACCCACAGCACAGCAUGGAAGCUUCCCAGGAACUGCAGCACGUAACACACUCCUCAGCCUGGGACAAAGCAUCAAAGUGACAGCAUUUCUGGUGCUGAACCAGAAGACAGUGAAGGAGACAGAUGAGAAUGAGCACACAGUGGACACAGCUCUGGCCAUACCUAGCUGUCCUGGUUUCAGCUGGCAUAGAGUUAUUUUCUUCUUAGUAGCUGGUGCAGUGCUGCGUUUUGGAUUUGGUAUGAGAGCAAUGUUGAUAGUUAAUGUUUACACCAAGUCAAGGACUUUUUAGUUUCCUGGGCCCUGCCAGUGAGAGGGCUGGAGGGGCAUGGGGAACUGGGAGGGGGCACAGCCAGGGCAGGAGACCCAAACUAGCCAAAGGGAUAUUCCAUACCAUAUGGCAUCAUGCUGAGUAUAUAAGCUGAGGAAAGGAGAAGAAAAGCGGGGGGGGGGGACACAUUUGGCAUUAUGGUGUUUGUUUUCCUAAGUAACCAUUGUGUGUGAUGGAGCCCUGCAUUCCUGGAGGUGGCUGAACACCUGCCUGCUGAUGGGAAGUUGCGAAUGAAUUCCUUGUUUUGCUCUGCUUGCAUGUGCAACUUUUGCUUUACUUAUAAAACUGUAUCUCAACUCACAAGUUUUGCCACUUUUUCGAUCCUCUCCCCCAUCCCACUGUGGGGGCACUGAGCAAGCAACUGUGUGUGGCUUGGUUACUGGCUGGAGUUAAACCACAACACUAGCCUAAGUAUAGGCAGAGAAGCAAACAGGCUUCCUCUCUUGGAGAUGCCCAAACAGACACUGCUCCUUCGUCACCUGCUGUAGUGGAGGUUCACUGACUAGGGAUGCCUUCGAGGGAGCUGUGGCUUCACACUGCCAUCACAGCAGUGACAGCCCCAGAGAUACACUGGAAAUACCCUAUUCAGCAGGAGUAUCUGUAUUUCAACUGCUGGAAUAAUAUCUAGAGGGACUCUGCUUUAGUUCUUUAGGGUGAAGUGGCCCACAUCCAACCCCAGCAGCAGCAGAGCACCUGGAGAGGCAGCCUAACAAGUUGCUGAACAGCCCUAAUAAGGAGGGUUUCCAUGAGAAAAUUGAAUAUUUUGGUGCAGAGCCCCAGGUUUGUCCCUGCUGGUAUUAAAGGGCUGAGCCCAGCACUCCAGCAGCCUUUGAGACUGCAGGAGAAUGGGUUCUGUGGAGGGCAGUUCACCGUAAAGCUAGCUCAGACCAACACGUGCCUGGUGCAAGUCUGUGCUCAGGGAGCAGUGCCAGGGCUGCCAAACGACAGGUGCAGUGUGCCAGCUGGGCCAUCGUUGCCAGCACUGGAUGGAGUCUCUCUGCUGUGGCAGUGCAUAGCACUGUUCCACGCCAUGUCUGUAACCUUGCACGAAGUGCCUGCUUCGCCUUCCAUCCCCUUUGGGGACAUGAGGGUCCACUUUCUCUCCUGCUGCAGACUUGGUGGGAAUGUGGCUGCUGAUGCUGGUUUGACCGAUUUUUUAUUUCAAUAAAGUCUCUCACACCUGC